AUGUCCAGCGGAGUUCUGUGCCGACCCGGCGUAGCUAUCUACUACGAAAUCCGCGGUUCUGGUCCACCGCUUCUCAUCAUCCCAGCGGCCCACGGAACGCACCUAACCCAUGAAGACCUCGCGUUGCGGCUAUCAUCCCAAUACACUGUUAUCGGCUUCGACCGACGAGGCUCCCUUCGCAGUCGCUUCCUCUCUCCGCCAACCGAACAACAGCAAAGGAACCUGCUAAAGGACACGGUGGACGACAUAGUCGCUCUCAUACAACACCUCUCACCUGACCAGCCAGUCCUCAUCUACAGCAUUUCACUCGGUUGCAUGCAUGCUCUUGAGCUCCUCACCAGUUAUCCCGACUUGGUCCGACAGAUAAUUGUCCAUGAUCCGUGCAUACCAUGCCUCUUACCGAAGCCGAGUUUUGAGCAGGUUUCGGCAGCAUUUCAGUCGACCGUUUCAUUAUACAAAUCCCAGGGUCCAGCUGCCGCCUCGGAAGCAUUUGUCCCGGUCGUAACGAGCGAUGAAGACCGUGCGCUGCUCCGGUUUUCGCCCGCUCAUAAGAAGCUCCUUGCGUUGUCGAUUCUCUGUUUCAAUUUCCUCUUCGAACAUGAAUUACCUAUACUGCUGGAAUACCGAAUCUCCUACCCUGCGUUGAAGGCCUAUCGUGACAAAAUCACUCUCAUCAGGGGUGAAUUGUCCACUACUCCGUUGACGACCGAACCGAUUACCACCUUAGGUGGCGAGUUAGGCUUACCAGUGAAGAUGGUGGCCGGUGGGCAUCUGCCAUCCGCUACUCAUCCCGAGGCAUUCACACAGGAUUUGUUGAGCAUUCUGGGGGAAGCCGUGUGA